GUGCGAUCGACCUCUCUCGCUCCCGCUUAUCUCCAGAUCCUCGAUCUCAUCAGGAGAUAUUGCUACAUUUGUCUUUUGAUCAGUUAAGGAGUAUGGAAUACGAGGGAACUGGUAAUAACAUUUGGGACCAAAGAAGCUAAGCACUGACUAGGGGCUUUAGUUGCUACUUUUGAGAUUCUGUUGGGAGAUGGCGGAGAAAUCAUGCGUCAAGCGCUUACAGAAGGAAUAUAGAGCACUGUGUAAGGAACCUGUUUCACAUGUUGUGGCCCGUCCCUCCCCAAAUGACAUUCUUGAGUGGCAUUACGUUUUAGAGGGAAGCCAAGGAACACCUUUUGCAGGUGGAUAUUACUAUGGAAAGAUCAAGUUUCCUCCAGAGUAUCCCUAUAAACCACCGGGAAUCAGCAUGACUACUCCAAAUGGACGAUUCAUGACUCAGAAGAAAAUCUGUUUGUCUAUGAGUGAUUUUCAUCCUGAAAGUUGGAAUCCAAUGUGGUCAGUAUCAAGCAUACUUACAGGACUUCUUUCAUUCAUGAUGGAUAAUAGUCCCACAACUGGAAGCGUGAACACUACUGUAGCUGAGAAGCAACGUUUGGCAAAGACUUCUCUUGCUUUUAAUGCCAAGAAUGUCACAUUUCGCAAGAUGUUUCCGGAGUAUGUUGAGAAGUAUAACCACCAGCAGCAGCAGCAGCUUUCUGAGCAGCUUAAUCAAGAGCAGGUGGCACCUGAAUCAUCAACUCAACAAAAUUCCAAGCCAAUGUUGGAAGAGAUCGACAAUUCCACGGCAGGAGGUAUGAAAACAGUAGGUGCCCUAAAGGACACAAGGAAAAACAAAAGGCAGUUAUUCCCAACCUGGAUGAUGUUAUUGCUCAUUUCUAUCUUUGGUGUUGUAAUGGCUCUGCCUCUACUUCAACUUUAAUAUCAUACAGCCCAAAUAGAAAAUUUAUUUGAGUUGACAGACAUAAAAGCAUUUGCAAGUUGAGGUUGGACUCGUUUCAAAAUACUCCUUAGGUUUAUCUUGUACGUAUUAUAAUUUUGUAUAGGAGGUUAAUACCCAAUGUCAGUUGAACCUCUUGACUGAUGUCUUUUCCUUCUAAAUCGAUGUUUUGUGGCACUAUGUCAGUUUCCAAACAUUAGAAUUGUUGGUGAUGUUGUGUUUAA